CCAUUUUCACUACAUAGAAAACGUGUAAACAUGGUUAGAAAACUUAAGUUCCACGAAAAGAAGCUUCUGAAGAAGGUCGACUUCAUUUCAUGGAAUGUCGACAACAAUCUACACGAGUUGAAGGUCAUGAAAAAGUAUUACAUUCAACGGAGAGAAGACUAUACAAAGUACAACAAGCUGUCCCGCCAGGUACGAGAGCUGGUGCGGAGAAUCAAGGAACUAGAUGUGAAGGAUCCAUUCAGACAGGAGGCCGUCGGUCAGAUCCUAGAAAAACUACACAGUUUGGGGCUGAUACCAACCAAGAGGAGUCUGCAACUGGCUGAUGAUGUCAACGCAUCAUCAUUCUGCAGGCGUAGGCUACCUGUGGUCAUGGUCCGUAACCACAUGGCCCAGACCCUGAAGGCAGCUACAACAUUUAUAGAGCAAGGACAUGUGAGGGUUGGGCCAGAGGUUGUCUCCGACCCUGCAUUUCUGGUUACCAGACAAAUGGAGGACUUUGUUACAUGGACAGACACCUCAGCCAUCAAGAAACAUGUCCUGGACUACAAUGACAUGCGGGAUGAUUUUGACAUGCUGGCCUGACCUGGACAUGUGGCGUUCCAAGCGUAGGCUGUGAUACUCUGGUGCAUUGGUCCUUAUCAUAAAUGGGAGCAACUUCUCCCAGUUCCGAGGUCCUUCAAGUUCCUUCCCUUGUUUGGAAAAAACAAUUUUUCACCUUCUUUGUCUGCAGGGAUGGGAGGAUAAUGUCAACAUUUCAUUAUUAUGGACCAUAAAAAUAAUAUGGGGUUAAAGAAAAUGUUAGUAAGAAAAUUGGGUGAACAUUUUUAGCUUGUCUGUUUUAUAAAGACAAAGGUCUAGGUAUUGUGUUAGCCCUUGUGUUGUUCACAAAGUCAUUGUUGGCCAUGUCUUUAAAAACAAUUCAACCAUGGCCACAUAUAAAGAAUAUUUAAGAUAUUCAAAUGAAACGUAGUACACAUGCUGCAAGUGAUGAUACGCACAUAAGUCUGGCUUUUGUAAUUCUUGAGUUAUCAGGCUCCUUUUUCACUUAAAAACAACCACAACUUCACACAACUUUAUUUGUUUCUUCAUGAAUUGUCAAGAGUUUAUGCUAUGACCAUCCAAAAAACCUCUGGGUAAUUUCGUUUCACCUGUAGUUUCAUAUCUUAUUUUAAUUUUGAUUGUAUUUCAAAAUAUUUACACCUCAACUUAAAUUAACUGUCUUUCAGCAAUUGCGAAUAUUUUCCGAUGAACACAAUGUAAAUUGAAAAUUGUUUAUCUUGUUGUUCGUAUUGUGUCCGCAGGUGCUGAAAAACUUAAAACAACACGCUAGAAAGUGUUAUUUUAUGAUUUGUUAAAUGAUUUUUUGUCAGGAGUGUUUCAAUAUUACAUUUUAAAUUGAUUGAUUUUUCCCCGCGUUAUUGUGAUUUCAUUUGAUAAACUAUUUCCGGUCACUAUCUGGUCGUUCUAUUUACAGAAUGGGUGAGAAAGAAUUACUGUAAAGUUUGCUUAGAUGAAAUGACAUGUUUUUUAAACGAUUUUUGAAUUAAAUAUUGGUGUAAAUAUAAAUAAUGAAUUGUGUAACUAAGGUCAUUAUCGGGGAUAUGAACGCAGUUGGGCUGGUAAAAGAAUGCGUGGAGACGGACUCCACACACUUUAACCAGCCCUACUGCAUUCAUAUCCCCAAUAAUGACAUCAAUCCCACAAUAUAUAUUACUUGAUUAAGUGUACUCAAAGUUGUUAUGAUUAAUGUAAAAAUACAUGAAAUAAAAUAUUGAAACAGAA